AUGCCGAGGGAACGCAGACUACGUGGCGUGAAUUCCACAGCAGUCCGCCAUCGCAUCACCCUCGAUGACGAGGCUGAGGAUAUUGACAUCACCAACGUGCUUGAGAGGUCGAAACGUCGAGUUUUCGACAUAAUUAGGGAACAUGCGGCAUGCCAUGAUGGGAAUGAAUAUGAGGUGCUGGACUCAUUCUGGUGGGCGCUGGAAGACAACGAAUUUGAGACAAAAUGGGAAGCCCACGGCUGGCCCCGUAGAAUUCAGAAAAAAGUUGAAGAAACCCAACUUUAUUUAGAGAAAGAGACAAACGUUUUCAAACACAAGCAGCUGGAGGACCAGCUCAGUCUGGAAGAUCAACUGGAAACGAUAAAUGUCGAAAUAAACCGCCUUCAAAUGCUGAAUGAUGUUGACGCUGUACAUGAGAUAGCCAAUGACGUGCGCAAGAACUGGAAAACACUCAAAGAUUUACAAGAGUUUGGUCUAUUAUUGAAUCAGAGACAAACACUGUUUGGGAUGCCAAUGGUGCCCUAUGAUGCUAUCAAAGAUCUGAUUCGUGAGUUUGAACCGUACAGGAAUCUGUGGGUGACCGCGUCAGAUUGGCUCAAGAGCAAAGAAAUCUAUGUUGACAAUCCGUUGGGUAACAUUGAUGCUGAUUCCAUUGAUAGGGUAGUCAAUGAUUACUACAAGAACAUCAUCAAAGCAUUGAGAGUGUUCAAUGAAAUUCCUGCCAUGUUGAAAGUUGCACAGAGUAUCAAGACUCAGAUAGAAGAGUUCAAACCUCAUAUACCUUUGAUAAAAGCGUUGAAGAAUCCUGGGUUGAGACAGUGGCACAUGGAUGAGCUAUCGAAAACGGCUGGUUUCCAAGUCUCUUUAAACACUGCCCUGACUUUCCAAAAAUGUUUGCAGAUGGGUAUAACGGAGCAUUUUGAUGAGGUGAUGGAGAUAUCUGAUAAUGCCGCCAAAGAGUAUGUGAUCGAGGAGGCAUUGGAGAAAAUUGAGAAUGAAUGGAAGGACACAUCACUGGAGGUCACCGAAUAUAAGAACACUGAUACAUACAUCAUGAAGGUGGCGGAUGAAACAUUACAGAUGCUUGACGAUCACACAAUCGUUGUUCAGCAGUUGAGUUUCAGUCCAUUCAAAGGAGCUCUCGAGAACAAGAUUGAUGAAUGGGAGGCGAAACUACGCUACAACCGAUUGCUGUUGGAGGAGUGGAUGAACUGUCAGAAACGAUGGAUGUGGCUGGAGCCAAUUUUCACCAGUGAAGACAUCACAAAGCAGCUUCCACAACAGAGUAAGAAAUUCAGAACUAUGGAUAGGUCUUGGAGAAGGGUAAUGAAGAACGCCUCCAUGAAUAAGAAUGUGUUGGUGAUUUGCUCUGAUGAGCGACUGUUCGAGACUUUGAAGGAUUGCAACAAAAUAUUGGACCUUGUUGAGAGAGGUCUCUCUGAUUAUUUGGAGAUGAAACGUGGUGCUUUCCCAAGGUUCUAUUUUCUUAGCGAUGAUGAGUUGUUGGAGAUUUUGUCGCAAGCUAAAAACCCGCUCGCUGUUCAACCACACUUGAGGAAGUGUUUUGAAAACAUACAGAAACUCGAGUUUUUGAAGUUGGAUGUUGUGAAGACGAAAGCCUGUCCCAACCCGGUGGAUUUGGAGAUUACAAAGAUGUUUUCAGCCGAAGGUGAGAGUGUUGAUUUGAUACCACACAUGCAGCCCGAGGGCAACGUUGAGCAAUGGUUGUUGAGGGUAGAAGAAGUCAUGCGUAACACUAUCAGGGUUAUGUUGGGAAGAGCUUUGGGAGAGAUCAACAAAAUAGAUCGAUCAGUUUGGGUUCUGUCCUGGCCGGGGCAGGUUGUGAUCGCCUGUUGCCAGGCAUACUGGACAGCUCAGGUUGAGAACGCGAUCCUAGGAGGGAGUUUAAGCGAAUAUAUGAAUGCGAUGAAGGAGUUCCUGAACAAGCUGAGAAUUCUGGUGAAGGGGCCGCUGAAGCGGGUCGAAAGACAGGUUCUGUCAGCUCUGAUUGUGAUAGAGGUGCAUGCUCGGGAUGUGCUGACAAAGCUAAUCGAUUUGCGUGUCACGAGCUGUAACGAGUUCGACUGGAUAAGCCAGCUGCGUUACUACUGGAUCGAAAGCGAGAUGAAGGUUUAA